GGCGUAUUACUGGUGCAUGCUUCACACACCAACUCUCUUCAGCAGCUGGAAAAAAAGAAGAGGGGUGGUGGAAACCCUCUGAAACAGAAAAGAAAUAUGGCAAUACGUUCGUUGUCGUCGUCGUUAGAAGCAGAUAUUUCUGUACCCGUGCUCUUGUCCACCGUGACCGUCGUCUCGGCCACUGCCACAACCUUGUUCUUAAUCUGCAAGUCUCGCCGCAUGCGCCUCUACUCCCACGAAAAGAACCUCAUUAGACUCCAUCAUGAAAAACCUAAAAGCAAUCCAACUGGCAAGAUUCUAUUUGUUUCCCAAAUCGGAACCUCAAAAGCCCUAGCUUCGUGCCUCUGCGAUUUGCUCGAGCCGUUGGGCGUCGUUACGGAGCUCGUAGAUGCCAGGGAUUACGUGCCCGAAGCCCUACCCAAGGAGAACCUUGUCGUCCUCGUUGCUUCAACUUCGGAAGUUUGGAACCAAUUUCUCGGACAAGAUUUCAUCUCCACUGACAACCGUUCUCUCGGAGCACAUAUGUUCGUCGGUGGGAUCGUCAAUUACGCGGAGGGCUAUAAGUUUGGAUCGUUAGUUGUGAAUGCUUACGGUUUCAGUGCGUUUGUCGCCGGCAAAGGGGCUUCUGGAGAUGACACGAAUUUGAUGGCUAAGGCUGCCAAUCAUAUUAGGGAUUUGGGGGACACUGCUGAAUUGAACGCGGAUUUUGACAGCUGGUGGGGAAGUGUUGUUGGGGUUUUGCAAGGUGCUGUUUCGGGAGGUGCUGCUGAUGCCAUGUGCGGGGAAUAUGAUCCUGAGGAUGUUGGUUCUUCUGAUCCAAAGCUAUCCAUGACGCAGCGCUUAUACCUGUUUGUGGAAAAUAUAAAUCUUAAAAGAGAUCAUGUUGGGCCAGCCAUCACGCGAAGGAUGUUAACUAUAACUGAGGCCAACUUUAUUAAGAAUGGCACUGUUGAUCUUGAAGAUGGAGGUCAUGUAACUGCCAAAUGGCCUCUUAGAGAUGGUCUAUUGGUCGAUUUUCCAUUACCAUUUAUGCAAGGAGUUUGUUCUGUCGGUCACAGCUUCUUCUUUGCUGGUGGUGGUGACCUGAAUAUUUUUGACCCAGAAUUGUGUUUGGAUUGGGAUGAUCAUUACCCCUCAAGGAUGUGGUGCCUCAAGUAUGAGGGUUCUAAUUGGAGUUGGAAGUUCUGUGGAAGCAUGUUCUGCCGCAGAUAUGGACCCUUAGUAGUCCCCUAUGAUGGCAAAUUGUACAUCUUUGGGGGUACUGGAACUGCAAAUUGCUGGGUUGAUAUUUACAGCCUAAAAUCAGGUCUAUGGGAAACAAGGGAAGUGCCCGAAAGUGCUCUCUUGUCAUACCCUGACUCUUACUUUCUGUGGGAGGACAGCACCAAGCCUCACAAGAAGACCCACAUUGUAUUGUAUUCUUGUGGUGAUAAACAUCAAGGGCUCAUGUCAUAUGACGUCAAGGCUAACAAUUGGGAAUACCUUGAUUGGAAUUUUCCGCCAGUUCCUGAAUCUUGUACAAGGAAACUUGUUCGUUUGGGAUGCAGUCAUUAUCUUCUGAUUGUUGACUUCGCUCCAAUGUGGCGUAUUUAUGAUUUAUCUAAGAUGAAUGUUGUGGAAACGGUGAGGGUGGAUGGUUUGGACAAGACCGCAGAAAUAACGUAUAUUUUUUGUUGCCACAACACUAGCGAUGAAAGUUUGAUUUAUAUGUUCAUGGAACCUGGAAAUGUUUUCGAGGGAGAGCCAUCUACUUACACUGGUUCUGGGGUUGUUUCUUAUGCCAGAGUCAAGCUCCAACUCAAAACUUUUUCUGCCAAGAUUGAAUCCAAGGGUAAUCUUAACCUUGGUGAUUAUGUAAAUCUUUAUAUGUUUGCUGUUGGAGAUGAAGACCAAUAAUUGUAAGAAAUUCUUUGUUUAAGACGUUGAAAUUAAAGAAGAAUAUUUGCACAGUAUCCUAAAAUUGAAAACUCCCAAAUCCUGAAAGAAAAAUUACACCUUGUAUGGCCAUUAUUUUUUAAUAUUUUAACUAAUGAAUAUACUCACCAUAAAAUUGUCAGAAUCUAGCAACAAAUAAAUGUAUAUUCAACAAAAUUAAUGCUAUCCAAUUUUAUUGAAAAUGUGCUUAAAUUUAAUGAUAGGUCUGCUCAUCUUCGCUUAAUGGUUUUACUGAUCCGUAUAUUUUUGCACUUGGUUCCAAUAUUCCAUUAUGUUUGAGGGUUCUUCUUGUUGGUGGCACUCAUGCUCCUGUAGAAGGAAGGAAUGCAAAUUAAUUUGUUAAUUGCUAUUGUACUCUUGAUUUUCGGAUUUCAAUCUUGACCUCCAAAAUAUUAAUGAUGAUGGGGAGUUGGAAAGCGACCAAGAUUAAUUGUGUUAAAUUUGUUUAGUGACUAGACAUUGGGUUUUUUUUUUUCU